CAUCUCCUCUCUUCUCCUCCUCUCCAGCCUCUUCCCUCCUAUUAACGAUGGCACGCACGAGCCACCUCCGCGUCCCGGCACGUGUCUCGCUUCCCUCGCCGCUACCUCUCCUCCUCCUCAUUGGCGGUAACCACACCUCCUCCCGCUUCUGUACCCGUUAAUUCCCACCUCCCUCCGCCCUCGAGACACCCUAGUUCAUCUGGUGAGAAACCCUAACUCUAACUCGAGCUUCCCCCAUGGGAAGGUUCGAACUCGACCUCUUCAAGCCCAAACUCAUCUACCAUCAUCUACUCUCUCGAUCCCUCGUGAUCAAGAUCCUCCUCGUCUCCACCGCCGUCGCCGUGCUCCCCAUCCUCGCAUCCCUUCGGAAGAUCGACCCCACCUACGACGAUUGCGACGGCGCGCCCGUCACCUUGGGCAUCUCCCUCCCGGCACCCAUUUUGGAUGCCGUGGUAGUGGAUCUGAUGGCCCGGAAGUGGCUCUGGCGCGGCGACCGCGCCCUCUGCGUCGGCCGCGGCUCCAGCCCUGCGGCCGCCGCCGCGAUGAAGAGGAUGGGGGGUGCUCCCGGUGGUGGGGGCGAUGGAGAGGUGCGGCAGGCUGCCGUUCCGGCGGGCGGCGUUCGACUUCGUGUUCUCCGCUGCUCUGGACCGGGCCGUGGCGCCGGCGAGGAUUGUGCUGGAGAUGGAGAGGGUGCUGCGGCCGGGGAGGGCAGGGGUUUUGGUGGUCGGCCCGGCGCGGCGCGGAGGAGCGGUGAGGGCGGCGGCGCCGGUGGCGGCGCUGCUGAGGGCGUCGGAGGUCGUGGCUGUGCGGGCGGUGAACGGAACUUCGCCGGUGGCGGUGGUGGUGGUGUUUAAGAAACGAAAAGGAUUGCGGAGCCCGAUGUGAGGAGUGUGAUGGCGGCGAAACUGCAGGAAUGCCCUUGCCUUUUUGAAGUGUUUCGCCGGUUCGACGGUCGCGACGGGCCGGCCGGUGAAGGCGAGUUCGGUUCUUCGUCCUACCGUUCGAUGAUAAAGGCACGUGUCAUCGUUAAUUAGUUUGUUGAUCCGCCCAGGGGCCUUUUCCUUCUUUCUCUGGCAACGAGUUUGAGUUGUUCACGCGCCAAGUUUGUGUUCGAGCUGCAGGCUUUGUUCACCCUCAAAAUGGAUCACCCCCUCCUCAUAUAUAGAGUGUUAAUUAUAAUCCGGUGCU